UGGCGGGUCCGGAGGAAGGGCUCGGGCGGCUGUUGACAGCACCCUGCGCGGCCCGGGACGCCGGCCGUGCGGGCCCCGGCUCUCCGGGAACCGGUUUUGCUGCUGUGUCAUUUGGUACCGGCGGCCCCUCCUCUCCCCGCCGCCCGCCGCCCCGCUCUGCCUGCGCCCCUUUGUACGGUGCCUUCGUGUGUGUGUCCGUUUCCCUCGCGAAGCCCACCAGCCAAAUGUCACAAUGUCCCCGCGGUGCACGGGGGACGGGAGCGGGCCGGGGCUGAGCUUGGCCCGGCAACGGUAAACACCGGGCAGGCUGCGGGUGGACGCGGCGGCGGCGGGGAGAUGGAAGUUCAAAGAUGAAGGCGCCGGGGAGACCCGGUACUUUCGAGCCGGUGGCGGGCCGGGCGUAAGGACGGCGACCGCCGGGCGGGGUUAGUACAUAACCCGGGGGAGGAAGCCUGAAUCUGCGGACUUUUAUAUGGACUUGUCACUCAAGCAAGAGCCUGAUCAUCUUUCUAGCAGGAGAACGAUCAUGGAGGUGGUGCCAGCUGAGGUGAAUAGCUUGCUUCCAGAGGAGAUAAUGGACACUGGUAUAACUUUAGUGGAUGAUGAUAGUAUUGAGGCUGUUAUUGUUUCAUCCCCAAUUCCCAUGGAGACAGAACUGGAAGAAAUUGUCAACAUAAAUUCUACUGGUGACUCUACAGCCACGCCCAUUUCCACGGAACCAAUCACAGUGUACAGUAACCACACUAACCAAGUUGCAGUGAAUACCACAAUUACUAAAGCAGAUUCUAAUACCACAGUGAAACCAGCUUUUCCAAGUGGCCUUCAAAAACUUGGUGCUCAGACUCCUGUGACUAUAUCUGCCAAUCAGAUUAUUUUAAACAAAGUAUCACAGACAUCUGAUCUUAAACUUGGCAAUCAGACCCUUAAACCAGAUGGACAGAAGUUAAUUUUAACAACUUUGGGCAAGUCUGGUUCACCAAUUGUUUUAGCACUACCCCAUAGCCAACUACCCCAGGCUCAGAAAGUUACAACUCAGGCCCAGUCAGGAGAUGCUAAGUUACCACCGCAGCAAAUUAAAGUAGUUACCAUUGGAGGGAGGCCAGAGGUGAAACCUGUCAUUGGUGUCUCAGCAUUGACCCCAGGAAAUCAACUGAUUAAUACUACAACUCAGCCCUCUGUGUUACAGACCCAACAGUUAAAAACAGUACAGAUUGCUAAGAAGCCUCGAACACCAACCUCUGGUCCAGUAAUCACGAAGCUGAUCUUUGCAAAACCAAUUAAUAGUAAAGCAGUUACAGGACAGACAACUCAAGUAUCACCACCAGUCAUUGCAGGUAGGGUUCUUUCACAGUCUACUCCUGGGACUCCAUCAAAGACCAUAACAAUAUCUGAAAGUGGUGUUAUUGGAUCAACUUUGAAUUCUACAACACAGACACCAAAUAAAAUAGCCAUCUCACCUUUGAAAUCGCCAAAUAAGGCAGUGAAAUCAGCUGUGCAGACCAUCACUGUUGGAGGUGUGGGCACAUCACAGUUUAAGACAAUUAUUCCUCUGGCAACUGCUCCAAAUGUCCAGCAGAUCCAAGUGCCUGGAAGCAAGUUUCACUAUGUCCGACUUGUUACUGCCACAACGGCCAGUAGCUCAACCCAGCCAGUUAGUCAGAAUCCCAGUACAAACACUCAGCCUCUUCAGCAAGCAAAGCCUGUGGUUAGCACCACUCCAGUGCGGAUGUCGGUUCCACUUACACAGACUGUCAAACAAGUUGUUCCAAAACCAAUUAAUCCAGCUUCACAAAUCGUUACUACUAGCCAGCCACAGCAACGGCUCAUCAUGCCUGCCACCCCACUGCCACAGAUCCAGCCAAACCUCACUAACCUGCCACCAGGAACAGUGCUGGCACCGGCUCCAGGGACAGGGAAUGUGGGUUAUGCAGUGCUUCCAGCUCAGUAUGUCACUCAGCUACAGCAGUCUUCGUACGUGUCUAUAGCAAGCAACUCUAACUUUACUGGUACAUCAGGUGUCCAGACCCAGGCAAGGCUUCCAUUCAAUGGUAUAAUCCCAUCAGAGUCUGCAAGUCGACCCAGAAAGCCCUGUAAUUGUACAAAAUCGCUGUGUUUGAAAUUAUAUUGUGAUUGCUUUGCAAAUGGUGAAUUUUGCAACAACUGCAAUUGUACUAAUUGUUAUAAUAAUUUGGAACAUGAAAAUGAAAGACAAAAGGCAAUAAAGGCAUGCCUUGACAGAAAUCCAGAAGCUUUUAAGCCUAAAAUAGGAAAAGGAAAGGAGGGAGAAUCAGAUCGACGUCACAGCAAAGGAUGUAAUUGCAAACGCUCAGGAUGUCUUAAAAACUACUGUGAAUGCUAUGAGGCAAAAAUAAUGUGUUCCUCAAUAUGCAAAUGCAUCGGCUGUAAGAAUUUCGAAGAAAGCCCAGAAAGAAAGACAUUGAUGCACCUGGCAGAUGCAGCUGAAGUGAGGGUGCAGCAGCAAACAGCGGCGAAGACCAAGUUAUCCUCUCAGAUUUCAGACUUGCUUACUAGGCCAACACCAGCUUUGAGUAGCGGAGGAGGAAAAUUGCCAUUUACAUUUGUAACUAAGGAAGUAGCUGAAGCCACGUGUAAUUGCCUUCUUGCCCAGGCUGAGCAGGCAGACAAGAAGGGAAAAUCAAAGGCAGCAGCUGAACGGAUGAUACUUGAAGAAUUCGGACGAUGUUUGAUGAGCGUUAUCAACUCUGCAGGAAAAGCAAAAAGUGACCCUUGUGCUAUGAAUUGCUAACUCUUGUGCAAAAGACUGAUAAAUAGAACUGUACAGAAAAUUGAAGGUGCAGGGACACUGGAUUUUCUGGAAGAUGGUUUAACAAUUAUUGCAUUGUUAAUUCAGUCCUUAUGAGACCUGAAAUUAUAAUAUUGAGAAGAAAUUUUUAAAUGAGGAAAUUAGUACAUUUUAAAUCUUAGUUAAAUCUGCUUAUGCCUUCUAAAUUGAAUUUUUCUUUAUUGUAUUAUAUAGAUUUUUAAUUUGCUUGUGUUUCUUAAGAAUUAGAUGUUCUAGCCUGACUCUAUUGACAAAGAACAUUUAUAAAUUACUAUAAUUUAUAAUGUAUGGCGUUGUAUGACUUUGUUCAGUAGAAAAAGCCAAAGCAGCAUUGGUAUUUCCCAGUCAUUCUCUGGUACUAGACUAUCAGCAGAUAGAACGUCUACAUAAACAAGUUCUUAUGAAACAUAUUUCAAUGAUGUUUUAAAAAGUACUAUAUUUUUAAAGAAAAAUCAACUUUUUAGGAUGGAUUCUGGAAUAAUAUCCUAUUGUCAUUUUGGGAAUGUCAGAAGGGGAAGUAAUCCAUAGGCACACUUUUAAAAUAAAGUUAUUUUGUUUUUUUAA